UACGAUGUUUUAACUCGACAAAUCUUCCUAACUGUACUGGAACCAGGCCUGUAAUUUAUCAGCAUGUAAAAUCUUUAAUUACACUAUCCGCAUUCCUCGUUUAGAGCUGCCUAUAUAACAGCAAACUUCAGUCUUAUGAUUUGUCCGCAUGUCUCCGGGAUUAUUCGGUGUGUUGCAGCAACGCGUCUCUGCAGCUCCGUGGGGAGGUUGCUGUCAGCUGAACAUCGUUGGUUCCAGUCUGUGAGACCAAAGCACAACAGUUUCUCUUUUUCACACUCAGCUACAGGGUCCAGGAUGAGCAAGAAGCUGCUGGUGGAUGUGGACUGCGGUGUGGACGAUGCUCAGGCCAUCAUGUUGGCGCUGGCCGCCCCCAACGUGAAGCUCCUGGGCGUCACCUGUGUGCACGGAAACACCACGGUGGAGAACGUGUGCAAGAACACGCUGCGAGUUCUGCAAGCCUGUAAUAAACUUGAGAUUCCAGUGUUUAAAGGCGCUGCUAAGCCUAUCCUUGGUGACACCAUCAGUGCGGGAGAAUUCCACGGACAGGACGGCCUGGGAGACGUCCCCGACUCCAACGCUCCCGGUCUGGACCUGGUUCAGAAGGAGGGCGCCGUGUCAGCUAUGAUCAGGAUUGUUAAUGAGAACCCAGGAGAGGUAUCUCUGGUUGCCACGGCACCCCUCACCAACUUGGCUCUGGCCGUGAGGAUGGAUCCGUCUCUACCGAGCAAACUCCGAGGGCUCUACAUCAUGGGAGGAAACACUGAAUCUCGAGGAAACACCACAGUUUGUGGUGAGUUCAAUUUUACUGCUGAUCCAGAAGCUGCGUACAUUGUGCUGAACGACUACCACUGUCCCACAUACUUGGCCUGCUGGGAGUUUACCUGCUACAGCAAGCUGUCAUGGGAGUUCUGCGACGCCUGGUUGGCUCAGGACACUGAUAAAGCUCGCUUCAUGGCGCAGAUCUUCCGCCACAGCAUCGAGGUGUCGCAGAGCGACCGCUUCGAGAAGGAGUUUGUCAGCGGCUCGGGAUUUAUUUCCUGCGACUCGUACGCCAUGGCCGCUGCUGUGGACGAUUCAUUCAUCCUAGAAAGCGACCAAUACCCCGUCAGUGUCGAGCUGACGGGCACACACACCAGAGGCAUGAUGAUAGUAGACACUGUGGGUUUUCUCAAGAAGACUCGCAAAGCUGUUAUCAUGAAGAAGGUGGAUAUGAAGAAGUUUGAGCAGAUGAUGAUGGCUGCUUUGAAAUGACAGAUCUGAAUGAGGGACUGGGUUACUGUCCACAUGUUUUAGCUCAGUCUGAAGGUUUGUUACCCAGUUGUAGCUCUGAAGAAACUGGUGAACUCACACAGCUAAGAGCACUUGUAGUGAUAGACUAACAUACUGUAUACCUCAGUGGUAUGAUGAUGUAAUCAGAAAAACACAUUUUUAUUAAUACACUGGAAA